AUGGAUAGGGGGCUGGAGAACAUGGUGCAAGAGGAGAGGCAGAAGUGGGCCUGUUCAGCCUACAAAAGAAAACGCUUGCGGGGAAUCCUUACUGCUGUCUACAGCUACCUGAUCAGAAAGUACAGAGAAGAUGGAGCCAGAAUCUUCUUGGAGGUGCACAAUGAAUAUGAUGAUCCUAUUUCUUUCUGCAGAUGUGGAGGUACUGUUGGUGCAAUUCUGACGUGUCCACUGGAAGUUGUGAAAACACGAUUGCAGUCCUCUUCUGUGACUCUCUACAUCUCUGAAGUUCAUCUCAACACAGUGAAUGGUGCUAGUGUCAAUCGAGUAACAAGAGUUUCUCCUGGACCUCUCCAUUGUUUGAAGAUGAUCUUGCAAAAGGAAGGUCCUCGUUCUCUGUUUAGAGGGCUGGGUCCUAAUUUAGUAGGCGUUGCUCCUUCCAGAGCGAUAUAUUUUGCUGCUUACUCAAACUGCAAGGAAAAGUUGAACAAUAUUUUCAAUCCAGAUUCUACCCAGGUACACAUGAUUUCAGCUGGUGUGGCAGGUUUUACUGCGAUCACAACAACUAAUCCCAUUUGGCUAGUAAAGACGCGGUUACAGCUUGAUGCAAGGAAUCGUGGAGAAAAGCGAAUGAGUGCUUUUGAAUGUGUCCGAAAAGUUUACCGAUCAGAUGGUAUUAAAGGCUUUUACAGAGGAAUGUCGGCAUCCUACGCAGGCAUAUCUGAGACUGUUAUUCAUUUUGUUAUUUAUGAGAGUAUUAAAAGAAAACUACUGGAGUAUAAGACUGCUUCUGCAUUGGACCAUGAGGAUGAAUCGGCAAAAGAGGCUUCGGACUUUGUUGGAAUGAUGAUGGCUGCUGCCACUUCCAAAACUUGUGCAACAUCAAUAGCAUAUCCCCAUGAGGUUGUACGAACAAGACUAAGAGAAGAGGGAACAAAAUACAGAUCUUUCUUCCAGACACUGUCUUUGCUUGUGCGAGAAGAAGGGUAUGGAUCCCUCUACCGAGGUUUAACUACACAUCUGAUCAGACAGAUUCCAAACACGGCUAUCAUGAUGUCAACCUAUGAAGUGGUAGUCUACUUGCUUGAUGGAUAGCAGCAUGGCAAGGUGUUCUAGAAGGUGGAAGAUUGAAGGACUGGAGUGGACCACUGAAUGUCAAUGCCGGUGUGGUGGGCAAAAGGAAAGUUAUAUCAGGAACGUGCAGCUAUGGACAAAACAGAAGGUUGAUUGUGGGCAACUAUGAAUAAUUUUGCUGCCUUAUUGUAUGGUCUCCUGGCAAUGUGACAAAUGGGAACUGCCCCUUAGGGAAUGCCUUUACGCAUCUCUCAAUUAAAAAUGGUUACAAUCUUUUCAACUGUUAAUCUAGACAAGGCCAUUCAGUCAUCUUCAGAGUCCUCAUGGGUGAGGGAGGGGGCAUAAAAUAUAUUGGGCAGCUUUAUUCACUUCUCUUAGUGAAUGCUCUCAACUGCAUCCUUUUUGUUGUGUUUUACCGCACAGUAACCUGUUGGAAGAAUGGGGGAGACGGUACUUUCAUACCUUUCCAUACCUGAAAUUCCCAUUCAGUUGCUCUGAAGAUUCAUAAAGAGACUGAGGUAGUAUUCAGUGUGUGAAGUUUUCCAUGUGGCUACCUCAAGACAAAAUAUGGCGCAGGGACCCAGAACAGAGUUAUUUCUUCACUGCAAAAGGUGAUACUUGCUUGGUUUUUUGUUUUGUUUUGUUUUUUUUUGAAGUUGGAGCAGUGUGGUAGGUCAGUGAGAGAGGAUCAGAUUGUUGAACUCUUGAGGUUAUCAAUCUGUUAAUACUGGUGUAUGUGGAUUUCUAGUUCUGCUGCAUCACCCUUUUUCUUUUCUGGAACUUUCCUUCCUUAAGUAAGAGACCUAUGAAACAUUCUCCUAUAUAAUCAGUUUUCCUUGCCAACCUGUCACCUCCCUCACACACCUAAGGAGGAGCUUGCUGAAUGCUACUUUAUAGCCUUUUUAAGGAUUCGUAAUGUGACGAGAAAUCUCAACUAGUCCGGUCUACCGUUUGGGAAGACAGGAUUCACUCACAUAGUUUCGUGCUACCUAAGAACAAACUGUAUUACCCUGAAAUAUCUGGCAAAUCCUGACUUGGAUUACCAGUAUCUGUAUUGGAGUACAGGGGGAGAACGCAUGUCACCAUGGCUGAGGCAAGCAGAAAGCAGAACAGUUGAAGUUGAUGGAUCUUUUCAGUGCAGACAGUCUCUGUGCAGAAUGAUGGAGAAAAUAGUGAUUGAGAUUUUCUUGUAAGCACUCCCCUUGAUGAUCGCUAUAUCACCUCUUCCAAUGUGAGCCUGUGUACUGAACUCAGCUGACAAUAUAACCUUGUCCUCCAAAUUGUCUGAAUACUCAGGCAUUGUUUUUGUUGUUCUGUAAGCCAAUUGCAAAACAGCAGUGAGGCUUAGCUAGUUUAUUCUGUCAUAAUAUACACGGUUUUCCAAAACUACACAGCUGGGAGCAUCAAAAUCAGAAGCUUAAUGUUACAAAAACUUGUACAGCUUUCCAAACAGGAAUCUCUUAUUUGCACCAUGAGUACUUCUCAGUCUGCAUCCAUGAUCCUUAUGAGGCAGAUGGCCAUUAUAAAUUGAGGGCAAUAGCUUUCUGCGUAUAAAUGCUGCUACACUGGUGUGGACGGAACUGCCCUAUCAACUCUUCCAGUGUGGUACUUCAGUACACUUGAACUGUGCAUUGUGUGCAAUGGCUUUAUUGUAUGAAUGACUCCUUAUGCACUUUGUGGCCUUCUUAUGGCUUGUGACUUUUCUUCCUUUUACUGGUUAUCUAUAGUCAAACUGUGUUCAAAACAUGCAGUUUGGUUUUAAAGAAAGCAUGUGGUUUGAUUUCCAUGUGAGCUGUGCAGGAUAAAACAUUUUAUGUUGUAGAUCCAUAGCAUCUCUGUUGCAGUAGUUCUGUAGGCUGUAUGUAAAAGCCUGAAGCUUACGGAACAAUGUCUGGGUUUUUCUCAUUUGCUCUCCUUUAUUUUGCCCCUUGUCAUGUUCUCCACACAGUAUUUGAGUACUUCAUGUAAUUCUCUGUACUAAUUGCUCAUCCUUUUAAAAGCCACCUAUAGUAUGUACAGCGACCUUGCCGUAGAGCCUUAGCUGUAUGGUCUUCCUUCUCCUUGGAAAAUGUUGUCUUACCUUUUUAAAGGCAGGGAUAGUGUGGUCUGUUGUAUGACCAAAGGUCAACUUGAGUGUUUUAAAGUAGUGAGGGGAGUGCUUAAAUGUGUGUUCUGAAGUGGGCUGCUUCUAGUGAUCUCCCUAGGAGAAGUCUGGAGUAUUCGUGACUCUGACCUAAGCCUUGCUGUGAUGCCAUUGUUCAGAUAGCUAAGUACAGGAACAGCUAUGUGCUGUAACUUUUGUUCUGUAGAAAGUGGAUUACUCUUCAGGCUAUCCAGAUUAUUCAGUCACAGCCAAAAUUUGAAUUAGCAAAGACAGUAUUCAGCUUUGGAAUUAAUGAAGACAAUUAAUGUUUGGCUUAGCCUAGGCUUCACGAGAGUUACUCCCCCCUGUUUAUUGGACAUGUUCUCCCUUGGUUGUACGGUCAUCUCCCAUUAAUUCACUGGGUACCAUGUGUGUGCCUUGUCUGGGUGAGAACAGAUCCCCUGGAGGUGCUAAGUAGAAAAUGUUAACAAGGACAAUUCAGUAUGGGAGACAACAGCUAAAAAAUAGACAAUCAGCUUCUUAUUACACCUCUUCAGUAGGUGUUUAAGCAAGGUUUUAAACUUCAGGGGUGAUCUUUUUGGCUUGCUUCACAUAACAGACAUAAAUCCAAAGUUUCUCGGGAUUUUUUUUGUUAUUUUUAAACUACUGGUACAUACAAAAUUACCUCUGAAAUACUUCCCAAAGAUCUUUAAAUUAUUUACAUAGUUUUCUUGAUUUUAUUUUUUUUAGUAUAAAAACUGAAAGGGAGAAAGAACAUGCUACAUGAGGUAAUAUCCUUAACUACGGAACUGAAAGGAGUGCAUUUAAAGUCUCUUGUAACUUAGUUGGUCAUCUUGAUUUAUAUUUGAAUGUCGUCUAUCUGUCACGCUCUUCUGUGCUAGUGGUAAAGGUCUUGGACGUCUGAAAAAUUCGGUAAUUAAUUAGUUUCCUCGUAUUUCCCUUGCCUAGAUGAAACGCAAGUGUUUUGGCAAGCUGUUCAGCUGGCAGCCCGUUGGGUUUGGGAGAGGCUGUGGGGCCUGCAGUGUCCGGAGGGAU